UGCGCAUGGGAGGGGGUUUUCCCGCCCAUCUCUAUAUCAACCUCCCUGCCGGCAAGGCCACCAUGGCAGGCACUGCUACCACUUGGACGGUCAGGCGUCCUCCGGCGGGCGCAUUGACAACCGUGUGGAUGCCGCCAUCGAAAUGUUCCACCAUCAACUACAGUCAGAGCGAAAAGUUCGAUUAUUGUUACCCACCCAGCUAUUCCUACUCAUACUGGAUCGGCGGCACCGGAUACUCCUCGCCCGCCAUAUGUCCCUCUGGGGUCCAGCCCUACUACCCGGGGAAUUUGCCAUUCAUUGUGCUCCCCUCGAGCAUCGCCUUCAGAAGCGGCGGCCCAACUACAGUAGAGAAUCUCAGCGACAUCGCCCCGAUGAUCCAGGUUCGCUGGCAAUCGUCAGAUCUCUCCGUCCUACAGACUCACCCCCUUUCUCCCGGCGUGACACCACCAUCAAGGACGGUGGACACCGGCACAUCCAGCCCCCCUGGCUCCACCAACACCGGCGGCACCAGCACGGCCAACGCCCCCGGCCCCGCCAACACAGGCGGCAACCAGCCUCCGGAAGGCGGCCUCUCGGCCGGCAUCAUGGCGGCCAUCGUCGUCGGCGUGGUCGCGGUGCUGGCCAUGGCGUUCGCCGCGUGGCUCUUUGUCAAGUGCCGCCGCCGGGGGGCUCGAGCUGCGGCGUCAGAGCGUUCGCGCGCGGGCAUCAGGGGCAGCCGUCGUACCUCGCAGACGGGAAGGCGGAGCUCCGCCGCUGGCGAGCGAGCUGCCGGACCACAUGGCGGCACAGGCUUACACACCGGACCUGUACCCUUCCGAGAUGUCGGGCGAGGGGGUGAGGCGCUGAUGGGUCUUUGUAUCGGGCGAUUCGUUGGCGCCGACGCUGUUUUGGGGACGGAGAGAGGGAAAUGAUGUGGGAAUAUGACACGGGAUAUACAAGACACGAAAGAACAUGGGAACAAAGAGGUUACAGGGACUCUAAUUGGCCUUGUCAGAACCUCGGCUGGCAAUGUGUGAAAAUAUGCUGGGUAGCGCACCGGCCAUGUCUUGAACAUAAAUGCUUGAUGGAAAUGGGGCUUAUCCCCCGGGUAUCUCUUAACGACAAAAACAAACAUGGACGAAGAAAUGAUGCCAAAGAAAUGACCACCGAGUCGGUAUCAUGGGGAGAGAAUACCAAAACCAAC